AUGACGACUGCAGACUACUGCUUUCAGCACGACAUCGAAGACCUCAGGUUCUUCUUGGCAUCCUUGGCUGCGCAACUCGAGAAGAACAAGUGUCAGCUGCCAUCUCAUCUUCUUCGUUGGGCAGAGCAGUACUUCCUGGACCCUGACAGGUUCUAUCCAGUGAAGGAUUCGGAGGAUGCCUGGCAAGUGGCCAAGAAGGAUGUGCCUUCAAGUUUGCUCCCCGAGGCCUUGCGGCCUCUCCAACCCGGAACCAAGGCGAUGAUCUCAGAGCAAUGGCCAGAUUUACCUUGCAGAGUGUCAACAACUUAG